AUGUUUUCCGUAUUUGAUGCAUCAUCAUUCACUAGUAUUAAUAGGAAGCCUACCCCACCUGAAAGUCCGAAAUCAGAUGCAACAACAACAACAAGAACAACAACUACUGCAAUAGCUCCCACCUUUGCUAAUACGCGAGAACCACUGCAUAAUGGCUUCCAACAGAAACACAUCAAGACUCAUAAUAUAGUGGGAACUAGGUUUCGAAGCAAGACGGGUUGUUUAAACUGUCGCAAAAGAAAGAAGAAAUGUGAUGAGACAUCACCUGUGUGUCAAGCUUGUCAAGUGAGAAAUCAAGAGUGUGUAUGGCCAGAUUUGGCAAAAAAAGCCAAUGCGAAAAGAGUACUGAAACCAAGUACAUCAACCUCCAAACGAAUACCGCCACCAACAUCAACAACAAUAUUGGAUAUUGGGUCUGCGACCCAUGAUCAUAGCAAAUCAAUUACAACUACGCCAAAUGGGACAACUUCGUCAAACUUAUCAUUUUCGACAAAAUCAGCAUCACCUACACCCACAUCCACGUCCACAUCCACAUCAUCUGUAUCAUUCACCAAUCGGGCUACUACUGGUCCACCUUGGAAAUAUGAUGCCUCUUUGCUAUAUUUUGACCCAGCACUAAUGGUAACUACAUUACCAAUGUCAUCAACUAGAAAUGAUACAGGACUGAAAUCUGUUGUUGAUAAAUCGCAGCAGCAGCAGCUGUUGCUGCACAGUAUACUGGGUGUGCUGACGGGAAUGGUUGACUUUGAUAAUGAACAUGAAGAAGCUAUGGACGAUGUAGGUCAUUUGAACAUGAAUGUAUUGUUGACAUGA